GUUAUACUAUAAAUCAGAAGGCACUCCUCAACUUGUGACCUAUUCCCGGCAGCCAAUCUCUCAAACUAUUUUAGUUAAUUUUUAUUUCCUGUUCCUUUGAACGCAAAUUCAUCUUCAUCUCUCGUCAACUAUUGCUGUCUGUAAGUUCAUCAAUUUCUCAUUUGUAUAUUUAUCACUGACUCAAUCUCUGUUCGCGAAGAAAAGUUCAAGAUCAUCAAUAUAGCUGUAAACACAGGCACAUCUAUUUUCUUUUUUCUUUUUUUUUUGGCUGGAGUAAUAAUUUCGAUUCUUUGUUAUGCACAAAAUCACUUUUAUCUGUAAUUGUGCCAUGAAACCCUCCUGUAGAAUCCUCCUCGCACGCCGAAACUCGCUGUUUCCACCUCCGAAAUGCCAUCAUUUUUCGGCUUUUCGUCAUAAUUUCAACAGUUAUCAUAAAUCUAGUGCAUGCCCUUUUCAAAUGUCGGGGUUUCGAGGCAUAAUCGAUAAGACCCAGGUGGCAUUUUGUAUGCCGGGUGCGAUUGACUGCUCCAGGGUUUGUUUCAGCAGCUGUUCUAAUUUUAGGGUUAGUGUGGGAAGGUGGGUUCCUGUGAUUUCUUGUGUUGCAUCGGAUGUUCGGAGUUUUUCGACAUCGGUGGAGUCUCGGGUCAAUGACAAGAACUUUGAGAGGAUUUAUGUUCAGGGUGGGGUGAAUGUGAAGCCUUUGGUUGUUGAAAGACUAGAUAGGGAUGAAAACAUAAAGAGUGAAGAAGAAGAUAGGACGCUGAGUGAUGGGAAGAGUGCAAAUGUGGAAAAUUUGGGAACUCUAAAUGUAAGUGUGGAGAAUUUGAAUCCUAAGAGGAGGGAGGAAUCAAAGAUUGAGAAGGAGGCGUGGAGGUUGGUGCAGGGUGCAGUUGUAAAUUAUUGUGGAAGCCCAGUGGGGACUGUUGCGGCGAAUGACCCUUGUGACAAGCAACCACUUAAUUAUGAUCAAGUUUUUAUUCGUGAUUUUGUGCCUUCAGGGCUUGCUUUCUUGCUCAAGGGAGAAGGAGAGAUUGUGAGGAACUUCCUCCUCCAUACCUUGCAAUUGCAGAGUUGGGAGAAGACAGUGGACUGCUACAGCCCAGGACAGGGGUUAAUGCCAGCAAGUUUCAAAGUUAGAACUGUGCCUCUUGAUGGCAAUAAUGGAACAUUUGAAGAAGUCUUGGAUCCAGAUUUUGGUGACUCAGCCAUUGGCCGUGUUGCUCCUGUUGAUUCUGGUUUGUGGUGGAUAAUCUUAUUGAGGGCUUAUGGAAAGAUCACUGGUGACUAUACAUUACAAGAAAGGGUUGAUGUGCAGACUGGCAUAAAACUGAUCCUGAACUUAUGUUUAACUGAUGGAUUUGAUAUGUUUCCUUCUCUGCUAGUCACUGAUGGAUCCUGCAUGAUAGACCGACGGAUGGGGAUUCAUGGUCACCCGCUUGAGAUCCAAGCCUUAUUCUACUCAGCUCUGCGUUGCUCCCGUGAGAUGCUCACUGUUAAUGAUUCAUCCAAGAAUUUAGUGAGGGCAAUCAACAACAGACUUAGUGCCUUGUCAUUUCACAUAAGAGAAUAUUAUUGGGUGGACAUGAAAAAGAUAAAUGAAAUCUAUCGAUAUAAGACAGAGGAAUACUCCACAGAUGCCAUCAACAAGUUCAAUAUCUAUCCAGAGCAGAUUCCUGCUUGGCUGAUGGACUGGAUUCCAGAGGCUGGUGGUUAUAUGAUUGGAAAUCUACAGCCAGCUCACAUGGAUUUUAGGUUUUUUACACUUGGAAACCUUUGGUCUAUUAUUUCAUCUUUGGGCACUCCAAAACAAAAUGAGGCUAUUUUGAACUUGAUUGAAGCCAAAUGGGAUGAUCUUGGGGGCUUUAUGCCUUUGAAGAUAUCUUACCCAGCUUUGAAAAAUGAGGAUUGGCGUAUAAUCACUGGUAGUGACCCAAAGAAUACGCCUUGGUCGUAUCACAAUGGUGGAUCUUGGCCAACACUUCUAUGGCAGUUCACGUUGGCAUGCCUUAAGAUGGGCAGAUUAGAACUAGCCAGAAAGGCCGUUGCUUUGGCUGAGAAGAGGCUUCCUGCUGAUCAUUGGCCUGAAUAUUAUGACACCCGGAAUGGGAAAUUCAUUGGAAAGCAAGCCCGACUCUUUCAAACAUGGACAAUUGCUGGUUUUUUGACAUCUAAAAUCCUGGUGGAGAACCCAGAAAUGGCAUCCUUGUUGUUCUGGGAGGAGGAUUACGAGCUUCUUGAGACCUGCGUGUGCGCACUUAACAAAACUGGCCGGAUAAAAUGCUCCCGUGGUGCUGCUAAGUCGCAAAUUCUAGUGUAGCUGCUAAAUAUGAAGCCAUUUUUUCGUAAGGCAAAAGUGCCUUGCCUCUUUUUACUGUACAGCAACAAGUAUACGAUAGAGUAACAAAGAAUUUGAAGAGCAAUUUUUAGCAUGAAAAUGUAACAAUAAAGGUUUUUUACAUUACAAGUGUACAAUAGCUGUAGGUUUUUCAUCUGAUUAUUCCAAGUCUAAAGUGACUGCUAUGAGAGCCUUAGAAAUGGUAGUAUGGCUCAGCCCCUGUCUACAGAUGUAUAUUGUGUAACAAUUAUUACAAUAUCUUAUUAAUUCUCAAAUUUUUUUAAGGACA